UUCAACCGUCUUCUGAGGUGCCAUGUGAAAUUGCCAUCGACAAAGUUCUUCCUCUUCUUCACCCUAACAAAUAUAUUCGGACACAAGUAGGUCGAUUGCAGCCGCACACUCUUCGUCCACAGCAUUCAGACAGAACCUACUCUUCUCUUUGAGACUUCGUGUAGGUUCCAAGACAACCAGAGAUAAAGUGCAGCUUCCUUAUACCUUCAACACGGGCGUCUUCUCAGUUUACUCACUUCAUAUUAUAUACUUGGGCACCUCAUUAUUUCAUACUCACUUAACUCUUCACUCUACAUCACUCUCUUGAAGACUGCUCGACUAAAUUCGUUCCGUUUUAAAUAAUUUACAACCUCGGUCGAGAUCAACUACCUCACCGAGCAACAGUUUCACCAGUACGAUAAAAUGGCCAAGAAAUCAGCAGUACCGCCAGCAGACAAAAUCUUCGCCGGCAAAGUCUUCGUCCUGCAAGGCGAUUUCGGGCGUUACCCUCGAACUCACCUAAACAUCGCCCGCCUAAUCGCCGGCCACGGCGGCUGCGUCGACAGCACAGUAACAGACCGAACAACCCUCCUCGUGACCACCAUCGAUGAGUUCCACAAGAGACCCCCCGCGGUCGAGAAGUCCAUUUCAAUGGGGAAGGCGAGAUGCAGAAUCGUUCAGUGGGAGUAUGUGGAGGAUUCGAUCUUUACCAAGAAUGGGAAGCCGAGGGUCAUUUCGGCGAAUUUUCAUGAGAUUCAGAGUGUGCUGAAGAGACAGAAUCGGCUCAGCGAGGCGAAGGCUAUUUACAAGAAGAAGUUUAUUGAGGGUGCGAAUUCUAUGAAGGGAUUGGCGGAUCCGGGCCUCCACCACGUCUACCUCGACACGACCGGCUUCAAAUAUCUCGUGGUCCUAAGCCGUCUCACAAAAGUCGACCAGAAAACCAGAGUCGAGAAAUACACCCUCCUCCUCUUCGAAUCCAACGCCUCCCCCUACACCUACACCGUGGGCAUAAAAUUCAACCGCCCCGGCCACGCCACAACCUACAUCAAAGAAUACAUGGUCCCCUCGACCUUCGACGUUGCCUUCCGGCAGUUCCGCAAGUUCUUCAAGAUCAAAACGGGGAUUGAAUGGGAUUGUAGACUUGAUGGCCCGGGGGCGGGGGAGGAUGCGUUCGUAUAUGUGCCGCCGGGGAGGGGGGAGCCGAGGGGGGUGAUGCCGAAGGAUUGGAAGGAGCCGGUGGUGGGGAAGGUGGGGGGUGGAGCGGGAGCGGAUAGGGAGGGGGGGAGCGGGUGA